CUGUCUUGAUGUGUCAAUUCAGUUGACAGAUUGCUAUAAGUAACCAUAAGCAACUGUUCGAUUUAAAUACUGUGAGGCUUACAUACAAUAGGGAUAGAAACUAUGAACGUUCAAAUAAGGCACCCUUACGAGGGUUUAUUGCAUAAGUAUACUAAUGCCAUGAAAGGCUGGCAAUAUCGUUGGUUUAUCCUUAGCCCUGAAACUGGUGAACUGCAUUAUUUUCUUAGCGAAUCUGAGAAAAAUCAACGACCAAGAUGUUCGAUAUAUUUAGCGGGUGCAGUAAUCGCGCCAAGCGAUGAAGAUUCUAAUACAUUCACUGUUAACUCUGCCACAGGUGAUAUGAUUAAAUUGAGAGCUACACAUGCCCGUGCUCGCCAAGAAUGGGUGGAUAAACUACGAGCAGUUACAGAAAUGUAUACCAGAGCAAUUGCCAGCAGCCACCCUCCUCUACCUCCAAGGGAACAUUCUUCUAACUCCAACAGAACUCCUGUCGACAAGUUGGAAGUUUUAGAUGCUUUUGCUAAUUGUCAAGAACAAUUGAGGAAAGUAGAAAAGCAGAAUCUUGCAUUAGCCCAAACUAUUGAAAACUCGAGCUUAAACUUGGACCCAGAUUUGUUAGUUCUUAAAGCUACAGCUCAUACCACACUGCACACAUUAAAUCAAUGCCUUAAUAUAUUAUAUCAAUAAUUUUCAUUAGAAGUAUCAUUGUCAUUGAUAAAAGAUUUGCAGAAAUGCUUUUAUCAAUCAUUACCUAAACGUAUCAAAUGCAUUUCAAUUAUUUCCUAUGGAAUAUAUUUUAAACUUCUUACUGACAAUCCAACUGUAUGUUCUUCCAAGUCAGUGAUACAGGAGAGUUUGCCUUCUUACUAAAUAUUAGAUAGAAAUAAAUAAUGUGAUGUUCGUAGGAUUCUUGAAUGUAAUACUCCCAUUCAUUCUUUUAAAUGUAAAGAUUUUUCUAAAUCAUUACAUUUAAAGUAUGUAAUGCAGUGCUUUCCAAAUUAGGGAAUACAGAUGAAAAUUUUGAAUAGAAAGAAAUGUGGAUACCAUCUUUUUCCUAUUAGGAUAUUGAUUAUUGCAGCUUAUUAAUUGUAGGACUAUAAUUUUCAUGUAUUAUUUUAAAUAUACCACUUAUCUUAUUUAAAAAAUGUUUCAAUUUCUAAAUUUUAGUUUAUUUCUUCUUCAAGAAAUUUGUUUACAAUCCAUGAGAAUGGCUUUAAAAAAGUUUGGAAACCACUGAUGCAAAUUGUGAAUUUAUGACUAUACAUAAAUUUAAUAUCUUUGAAUUAAAGUAGGAUUGAACAAACACUUGCUAUUAUUAUAUGUAAACCUGUAAUAAAAAAAAAUAAGACACUUGGUCAUUUUUGCUGAAGCAAAAAUCAAUUAUUACAACAUGAGCCUUACAGUAACAAAUAUGUUUAUAUUGUUAAGUGAAAAAACCAGUCUUUCCGAUUGAAUUGUCGUUUUUAAGGAAGAAAAACCAAAGCGGCGGUUUCAUCUCUGAAUAAGUGUCAAGGACACGCCAUUAGGUGAAGGUGAACAAGCAGGAAACUUUUACUUUGCUUAAACAGUAGAUUCGAUCAGUAUGAUCAUCGCGUGGUCCACGUAACGAUCACAGUUACGCACUCAUGUAAUAGAAAAAUUUAAGUUAACGUUUUUAUGAUCGAAAUCAUGGUUAUUAAUAAAAAGAGCGAAAUGGCUUAAAAAUUAUUCUAUUUUACUUUUAAA